CCGUCCCGGCAUGCACCGCGAGAGGAAUCCUCGCACCCUGUAAUGGCGGCCAUCGAGUAAAAAUCUUCUCUGGAACACAGAUGGACGACGGCUCGACUGGCAACCCGCACGCAGUGCCACCGGGCUCUAACCAACCCGGGAUGAUUCCCAACAAACCACAGACUCUCCAAGAUGAGCAAUCGCAGCAGACCAAGUACUCCAUACCGGGUAUUCUUCACUUCAUCCAACAUGAGUGGGCCCGCUUUGAGAUGGAGAGGGCGCACUGGGAAGUUGAGCGUGCAGAAUUACAAGCCCGGAUAGCAUUUUUACAAGGAGAAAGGAAAGGUCAAGAGAAUUUGAAGAGAGACUUGGUCCGAAGGAUAAAAAUGUUAGAAUAUGCCCUCAAACAAGAGAGAGCAAAAUACCAUAAGUUGAAAUACGGAACAGAACUGAACCAGGGAGAAAUGAGACCACCGACUCCACCUUCAGAUGAAGAGAGAGAAACAGACUCACCCUUAUCCCAGAACAGUCAGGUGACAUGGAGACAAGGCAGACAGCUACUCAGACAGUAUUUACAAGAAAUAGGCUAUUCAGACACCAUAUUAGACGUGAGAUCGAAUCGCGUGCGGACGUUGCUGGGCCUUACACCAAACGAAUCCACCAAACAGGACGGUGAGGCUGGGGAGGUCCUCGUGAACGGAGAACAGGAGAGGGAAGCCCGCAGAGAUGCCGACAGGAGGCCAGUAGAGAAGAAGCGAGCGGGGAUACCAGAGAUUGACAGCGAGGCGUCGGUGUUGGCCACGUUUGACUUCCUGUCGUCAGAGGCCGUGGACGAUGAAGACGAGGAGAACCUGAGCGACGGGGAGGAAGAUGGCGGCGCCGCGGACGACGAGUCGGAAGAGCGCGAGCAGAGGAGGAGGAGGGAGAAGGGGAAGAAGGCGCUAGUUCAGAUGAUGGAGAAUGAGAGCCUGGCAGGAAUGGAGGAUGUGUUGGCAGACCCGGAGACAGAGGAGGCCCUGGCAGAGUUUGACUUCCUGGUAUCAGAGGCAGGCGAGGGUGCAGGUGAGGCCAAGAGCACAGACGGUGCCGAGUGGGGGCUAGACAAGUCCCCUACAACAGAAGAAUGGGCCAUGGACAAGAACUUACUGAACAAACUCAAGGAGGAAUUCAAGAAAGAACGUAAGAGCAAGAAAGGAGCUAAGCGCCCCAAUCGUUCCACACUCCAAGCCAUGCUGGCAAACCUGGGCGGGGAUGAUGACAUCGUGAUGCCGGCCUCUGGACCCCCACGGAGUGCAAUCAACAACCCCGACCUGGGGCCUCUGGAUGAACCAAGGAAAGAAGGUGGCCCAGAAGAGCAGGUUUUAGGGGUAGGUGGGCCGGAGGAAGAGUCACUGGAAGCAGCCCUGGGACUUGGUGACCUGGCAGGACUUACCGUAACCAAUGAAGCAGAACCUCUUCAGUACGAUGUAGCAGCAACAAAAGAAGCAUUUAGGAAAACAUGGAAUCCAAAGUACACAUUAAGAAGUCACUUUGAUGCGGUCCGUGCGCUGGCAUUCCAUCCCAUCGAGCCUGUCCUGAUCACCGCAUCAGAAGACCACACCCUGAAGAUGUGGAACCUGCAGAAAACGGUUCCAGCCAAAAAGAGUGCCUCACUAGAUGUGGAGCCAAUCUACACAUUCAGAGCACACUCGGGCCCAGUGACCUGCCUGUGUGUGAGCUCCAAUGGUGACCAGUGUUACAGUGGCAGCACAGACUCCACCAUUAGAUGUUGGAAUAUUCCCAGCCCCAACAUCGACCCUUAUGAUGCUUUUGACCCGACAGUACUUGGCCAGGCCCUGGUGGGACACACCGAUGCCAUCUGGGGUGUGACCAUCCACUCCGUCAAACAGCAACUCCUGUCCUGCUCAGCUGACGGCACUGUGCGGUUAUGGAGCCUACAGAACAAAUCCCCGCUGCUCAACACAUACACUGCCGAGAAAGAUGACGGGGCUCCCACGUCAGUGGACUUUGUGCGAUGUGAGCUGAGUCAGAUGGUGGCGGCCUACAGCUCCUCCGUAGCCGUGCUGUACGAUCUGGAGACCGCUCAGCCGGUCGCCAAACUGGACGCCAGGCAAGGCUCAGAUUCGGGUGUGUCGUCCCAAAUCAAUAGAGUUGUGGCUCACCCCACCCUGCCCAUCACCAUCACAGCACACGAGGACAGGCACAUCAAGUUCUUUGACAACAAUUCAGGUAAGAUGGUGAACACCAUGGUAGCACACCUGGAUGCUGUCACCAGCCUGGCUGUGGACCCCAACGGCCUGUACCUGCUGUCAGGAAGUCAUGACUGUUCUAUCCGGCUGUGGAACCUGGAUAGCAAGACCUGUGUACAGGAGAUCACCUCUCAUCGGAAGAAGUUUGACGAGUCCAUUUUUGACGUGGCGUUCCACCCUUCGAAGCCAUACAUUGCAAGUGCAGGAGCGGACGCCCUGGCCAAGGUGUUUGUAUGAUGUAUGCAGGUGCACUGUUUGAUGGUCUGUUUUUAGCGUCACCUAUAUGGGUACUUCGUGUCCUGAACUGAGCCACAGCAUCCCUACUUCCUGGUCGACAGAGCUCCGAAGUGAUGUGUGUUGUGGAGUGGAGAAAUGGCACCCUUUUAUGAGCUUUUUUAUAUAUUUGGCAAACAUUGUACUACUUUCAAGACAUACUUUUAGCCCUACAUGUGUUAAGGAUAGUGUAAUUUUAGUUUGCCAGCUUCUGUAAAGAUUUGCAGUGUACUGGAAAUAAUCCAAAAGACAUAAGCUGACUGCACCCAACCAAAUGUAAUUAAAGAAAAAAAGUUACAUGUGACAUGAAGCAUGACUCUGCACCAUAGGAAGUGGGGAUGAUGGUUGGUUUGUGUGCAGAUAUGUGGUAGCUCUGAAACAAAACAGGGAACAAUUCCAAUUGUUAAUACAGCAAAAAAAAUAAUGAAUAGCUACAAAAAAAAUGGUCAAUGCCUCAUUUGAAUUGUUGUGAACGGUUCUUGCGUAGCUCCCGCUUUUUAAUGCUGAGAUAGAUUUUCCAUUGAUUUUCUGAAGUGUCUUUUCUCUGAGUCUUCGUAAGGACACUAAGAUGCAGUUGGCUUUUUGUUUUUUUUGUUUUUCUUUUUUGAGGUAGAAGAUUUGUCCAAAAUUUGUAAAACUUUGUAAACCAGUGCUAGUCUCUACAUGGGUUAUAAGGUAUAGCAUGUGUAACUGUACAGGGAAUUCCAGCUUGCAGUGGACCUGGCUUCCAACAUUUUGUGGCAGAGAGAAUGGAAAAGUACUAAAAAUUCCCAUCUCGCUUGUCUCUAUAAUUCCAACAGGACUCCCUAAACGCCAGGCAUCUACAUGUCCUGACCACUCCCCCCUCCACCCCAGCCCUCUCAACAGUCAAGUUCUGUUCACUGUACAGAACAAUUGUUCCUUUGGAACCUACACUUCUUUUGGCCAAUGAAAGCAGAAUGUGCAUUGACAUUAGAACCACCCCUCUUUCCAAUCAUAAGCAGCAUUUUAAAAGUGUUGCAUGUGUAUACAAAUGUUUUUGGCAACACCACAGGAGUGGAGGUGUUUUUCAGUCAGCUGUCAAGGGCUAGUCUGCCUGGCGGUUAUGGAAGUCCCCAGUUGUUUGCUAAAAUGUCAGUGAAGUGGUCAAGGUUCUAUUACUUGUAGGUGCAUUUCUGUAGGUAGCCAUGUGUACUAACAACGGAAUGUAUUGUCCAUAACUGCCAAAGAAAUGUUGCUCAUUUAUGACAAGAUACUCAGAAGCAAAAACUGUAGGUAUUUUUAUAUAAAAUUUUUGGGAGACUCUGUUGAUUAGCAGUGGGCACGAAAGCAUUACUGCAUGCAUGUCUGGUGUGUUACACAUUGACCAUAUGACCUAAAGCAUGCCACAAAAGGACCAUGAGACUAACAUUAAAAGUUGCCGUGACAACUGAAGUGCACACAAUCAUGUGACAAGAUUGACGUUGUCCAAAAUGUCUGUAAGGAGGAAGAGGGUCGCAAAUAAUUAUAAUUUGACAAUAUUACGACUAUGUAAUUUCACUAAAAAUGGGCAGUAGUACUUGUAAUUUUUUUCACUGUACUUUGUAGAAGUGGAUUGAUUUGGGAUAACUAAUGAUAGCUAUUUAUUUCUUAAAUUGUAUUUCUUGUACUGACUAGUCAUUAAAGGCUCUGAAAGUACAUCCUAUGAAGUCAUAUGAUAUCCAUAUAUACGAGUCUUCCUUAAAUAGAUAACUCUGACAGGUAGCAGCAGGGGCAGCCCUGUUAGCUUUAGUAAUGAUUAUAUCAUGUCCACCACAGUCAUGACAAGGACUGCAUGCAACAUCAAUUUAAAACUUCCGUUUAAACAGCCUAUGGCUGUGUAGAGGCCCAACCAUAGAGACUUUGACUCUCCCAGUAUAACAUCAGUAACAGUAAGGGAGUGUCAGAUGGAGCGGGCACAAGCUAAACCAGGCAGGGUGCCAGGCUCCUGUUAGAGUGAGUGUACCAUGGGUGUAUAAUAUUACUUGUCACAAGCUGCAUUCUGGAGAAAUAACAUUCUGCACCAAACCAGUUUAAAAUUGGUGCGGGCAGUCUUGAAUGUAACCCGGAUAUAAAGUAACCUGGAAAAUAAUUGUACAACUGUGUGUUCCAUCAUCAUUGUGCUAGGUCAGAUGACUUUAAAUCUUUUUAGAGCUUUCUUAAGGCCACACCAAUUUCAUUUCUUGGUUUUCUGAUUUGCCUGCUAGUUUGUUUUUUUUUCAAUAUUGAAACAGAUUAUGAUUAUUUACCAUUCCAAUUCUCAGUUUAAGAAAGUCCUUGUCUUCCUAGUUUUAUUCCAAUUUUUUGUCAAUGUAUUACAAGUUUGGAAUGUUAACUUAGUCUGUUAACAUGAAACACGUCAGACUGUCACGUGAGGCCUUUUCAUUUCACCCCCACUCCCACUCAUCUAAGAACCAAGAAAUAUGAAAUUGAUGUCGCCUUAUAUUUUAGUAAUUAUGCGGAGAAAGCUCAGAGCAUUAACUUGCUUACAAAACUCCUCCACAAUUGGUCAGGAGUGAUAUUUUGAACUGAUUGUUCCAUGUAAUAAAACAGAAUUGAGGUAAGAUCCUUACAGACUAAGUGACAUUACCCUUUAAAUGAUAGAAAUUGAGCAUUUGAAAUUUGUACUACACUUCUCUGAAGUAUGGAAAUUUCAUCAGUUGGAUGUACAGUAAUGAUUGUUCACAGGUCUGGCUCUUAGGCACAUAUGGAAGUUAAGUAUUUUGUUGCACCUGUCUAUGCAGUAUGUAUCAGUUUUGUUAUUUUGCUCCGAACAUGGGAAACCUGUAUAUUAAAACAUGGCAUUGUCCUCCAUUCAA